GAUUUGCUGUUUCACUUUUUCUGUUGUGAUCACAUAAAAUUUUAUGAAAACAUCGGAAAAAAUGACGUCUAAACCCUGCAACAUCAUUUCCUUGAAAGAAGGAAAUCAAAAUGAAUUGAACUAUAAUCCUGGAUAAUAAUGACAACUGUAGAGAUUACUGCUCCAGUUGGUGGCGACACCAGAUUACUUGCUCUUAGAGUGACCCCAGAGCAAGAGAUUGCCAUUUAUGCCUUUUUCCAGAUAAAUGGAUGGACAAUAGUUACAGAAGAAAUUGCCAAAAAGUGUGAGAAUUGUGGGAUAGGGAUAAAUGGUGGAGAUGAUCCUCCAACAUGUCACAUCUGCCAAAAAGCCAUUGAAAAUGCUGAGGCUUUAAUGGAUGAAACUAACGAGGAAGAGAAUGGAGAGAUGAGUGAUACAGGUGACAUCCAGCAGAAUCAGCCAACUAUAAUUCAGGUACAAGACGCUCACGGGAAAAAAAUUGUAUAUGUAGGUAAUGCAAUGACGGUGGCAAAACAGCCGGCACCCCCUCCACCAGUUAAGACAGAGAUUGUCACCACAAACAGUGUUGGUACAGAAACUAGAGUACCUCAAUCUGUAGCACCAAAAAUAUACAAUGUCAAUAACAGUGCUGAAAAUCGUCCAUACAAAUGUGAACAUUGUGGUAAACAUUUUCGCAAAAAAUCUCAUGUUGUUGCUCAUGUAAGAUAUCACAAUGGUGAAACAUUACCUAAAUGUAAUGUAUGUGGGAAAGAAUUCCUUUACAAGCACAAUCUGAUUUCUCACAUGACAAUCCACUCUGGAGAAAGACCAUUCCACUGUACUGAGUGCCAGAAGACAUUCCGUAGGAAAGAUGACUUACAGGUUCACAUGAGAACACACACAGGUGAACGUCCGUAUGUUUGUGACAUUUGUGGAAAGGCAUUCACGACACAAAACCAGCUUCCUAAACAUCGCAGAACACACACUGGUGAAAAACCUUAUGAAUGCGAGAUCUGUCACAAAUGUUUUCGUACAAAACCUCAUCUGGAGAAGCAUUAUAGGACUCAUAGCGGUGAACGUCCUUAUCCCUGUGUCGAAUGUGGUAGAGCUUUCUCACAGAAUGCACACUUGAUGGCACACAUGAGAAUACAUACUGGUGAGAAACCCUAUAAAUGUGACUUGUGUGAUAAAGCAUUCAAAGAGAGUAAGACAUUAAAGAAACAUAAACUUAUCCACGAAAAUGGCAUGCCAUAUAUUUGUACCAUCUGUGGAAAAGGUUUUCUUCGAUCCCAGAAUUUAGAUGUCCACAUGUGUGUGCACUCUGAUGAUCUUCCAAAGUAUAAACGUAAGUUGUUGAUGAAGAAGAAACUACUAGAAGAAAUUGAAGCAGAAUCUAGUCAGACAUUUGACAAUUCCAACAUUGAAACAGACAUAAUCACAGAAGAAACAAUUGCGGAGGUGGAAACACACAUCCAUGAAGCUGAACAGGCAGGACAAAUUAUACAAGUACAGAAUGUAGAAGAUCAUCACAUCAAAGAAGAACAAGUUGCUGAAGUUGUUACUGAUGGACAAGAUGAAAAUUCCAUCGCGAAUAGUCUGUUGACUCUCGUAGAAAUGAUCACAAGUUCUAAUCAAGAUGCUCACACAACUACUUCUGCCAAUGGUAAUUCACAUGUUGAUCUUUCUAAUGUACAGAUUGAUGACUCGGCACAGAGGCAAAAUAUCAUCAUAACUACUUCAGAUGGAACACAAAUUCAGCAGCAAGAUACCGUCAUGGAGGAUGGAAGUAUGCAAGAAGUUAAAACCAUCUUUGUUGAUGAACAUGGCAGAGAAAUUGGCACUAGUAAUGAAAAUGUAGUCAUCACAUCUAUGGGAGAUACUCAAGUAACCACAGAACAAGUCAUUGACAGUGUUACUGGACAGUAUGUAGAUGGCAAUACAUAUGUCAUGGAAGUAGAAUAUGUAGAGCAACAGUAAAGGGAAUCCAUAUGGUAUGGAAGUAGAAUAAGUAGAGGAACAGUAAAGGGAAUGUGUAUAGCAUGGAAGUAGAAUAUGUAGAGCAACAAUUUGUUAUCAAGGUGUUUAAUGUCAAAAGUUUAUCAUUAUGUUUUAAGACUUUUUUUUAUUGUAAAUGGCAAAUUAGCUACAAUUGAAAAAAAAUAUGUGUUGAAACAUUGUAUAUUUAAAAUAAAAAUAAUAUGGAUAAAUAAUGUUACAAGAGCAUGAGAAUACAAUUGCAAUAAUGCUUAAUCAUUGUUAACUCAUAAUGAAAACAUUCUGCCAACUGCACAAAAGUCAAUCAACAAUUAAUUUCUUGUUAAAUUAUACAUGUUGCUCCGUGUUGAAGAUCGUACUUUGACCUGGUUUACUUUUAUAGAUUGUGACUUGGAUGGAGAGUUGUCUCAUUGGCACUCAUACCACAUCUUCUUAUAUCUAUAUAUAGUAAGAUUUCUUUUUGAAAAAGGGUUAAUAAUAACAACAACAACAAUACUUUAUUUUAAGAGGUUUACACAGUUACAUUUUUGUAGCUACAUUGUAUAUAACUAAUCUUCCCUGAGGCCCUCAUUAUAGAAAAAGCAUAAACAAAAAAUGCAAACAUAUAGUACACAUGGUACAUGGCAUACAUUAGUAUGAACGUAUAAUGAUAUUAUGUUCAAUACAAGAAGUAAUCAGUUGUUAUAGGCUAUUUAAAAUACAUCAUCUCAGAUGGAUGAACAUUUUUUCAUCAUAAAUGAGUUAACUUUUUAUGUAUAAUGUAUACCAUAAUGGUACAACAGAGAGAAUGCUUUUAGACAACCUGGAUACAAUAUCAAACCCAUAUUAUGUUUUUAUAACAAAAUUUCCUUCCUCUCAGACUGAUGGAAAAUUCACAUAGAUUUGUUUUUUAAUGUCAAUUAGUAAGCUGAAUCUAUUUAACCUAGAAUUUAAAACCACAGAAUUUAAUGACACACCAUGCAUACCAUGUGAAAGUAAUAAUUUUUAUUUAAGACUUUUCAUUGUCUUUAAAUGAAGAUUUAUUAAUGUUUUUGAUGUUUUAAUCCAGUUGGGUUUAGUCAGAUACAGUGCACCUCCACUUUGUCUUAACAUGCGUCUGGCAUACAAAAUUUCAAUCAAUGUGUAUAGGAUGACUUUAUAUAGAAGUCUUCUCUUAUCAAAACUGGAUUAAGUAAAAACAAGGGAAGAAUUGAUAUUCAGUAAAAUGAGGAUUUGAAAGAAUUUUGAAUAAAUGGAAACAUUGUAAGGCAUAAAAAGUUUAAAGACAUUAUGUGUAACCUUUUUAAUUAAACUUGUAGACAUACAUGAAUAAAUUUUUUAGGGGGAGGAAGGGAGGAUUUCAGUUUAUUUAAAAGUUAAAUUUGCCAACAAGCAGGCAAUUGUCGUUCCAUUUACCUACAGAAAAUGAAAGGAUAUGGAGUAAAUGUACAUGGGACAAAAUCGCACACAAUACAUAGAAAACAUAGAAAAUUACCUACACUUGUCUAGUCUAUUGUUGAAGACCAUGUAUUGACCUCUAGAUGUCUUUUUUUUUUUUUAAUUGUGUGGUUCGGUUGCUGACUUUUAUCCAACAUCUUAUUUAUUUUAUUUCUAUGAAUUAAGACGGCGGUAUUUUUAGAGAGUUCAGUAUUUGUAUUAUUAAUGAAUUUUCAUGUAAAUAUGUUUUUUGUUAAAUGAAUGUUAAUUAUAAAGAUAUAGACCAAAGUUUGGAAUGUGUGUGUUUUAGCUGCAAAAUUAAGAUAGUUAAAACAUUAAUUUAACUACAGUCAAACCGGUAACUGUUGAUUUUUUUUAAGUACAUUUUUUUGUACAUUGCACUUUGAAAUCAACAAUCAGAGAAUUUUACCUCUGAAUAAUCCUUUAGAAAAUAUUAAAGUAUUACUGAUGACUGUUUCAUGACUGUUACUAUUGUACAUUUGUAAUUGUAACACUUUUCAGUAAACUUACAGAAUUUCAUUCUGUUCAUGAUAAAUCAUAUAUAGUAUUUAUUUAUUGUAAAAAGAUAGUGUAUAUAAGUUGAAUACAGUACCAAGCAUGUUUUGAAUCUUUCUCUUUUUUUUCCUGUUUGCAUUCUCAUUCAAUGUUCAUGUAAUGUACAUGUAUAUCUACAUUUUCUUCUGAAUUGGUUAUCACAGAGACAUAAUUUCUGCAUAGCUGAUCUUCAGUCAAGACAACAGUAAAUAAAUAUAUGCAAUUUUACUAUAAUUUUCACUAAUUAUUUGUCUUUUUUUAUUUGACUCUUAUAUAUAAUUAAUAAUAUGGGAUCCAAUGAUGUUGUUCUUUUGCAUUACACAUUGGCAAUAUAAAGUCACAGCUUUUGCUCAUGCUUUAAAUCCAUUCUCUUUUUGGUUUGAUUUUAAUCAAAAAAGGUAAAAGGAUGAAACAUGCUCAGUGUAUGGCCUGACUAAAUCAUAUACGAUGUUUAUAAUGUAAUAUAGUAAGUUAUACUAGGUAAAAUAUUUAUCUUAUGAGAUAUUUUACAUUUAUCAAAAUUUUAAAAUAACUAUUUAUAUACUGGAAAAUUUGAUCAAAUUAAUAUAUAUAAUACAUUGUAAUUAAAAAUCAUAAAUAAUGUACAGAAUAAAAAUUACUUUGAAAUUAGGGCAUGUUUGUAUUUUGAUUAGUGUGUUAAAAAUGAAAAUGUCUUACCUUCAAUCUGAUUAAAAUACAGAUCUUGUUUUCAAGCUUUGCUUACAAGGAUCUUAAAACUCUCUACUUUCUGUUUUAAAGACCUUUAGGGAUCCUCUGGUUUUGUCAGAUUAAUAUACACUUUCAAAAAUUUGAAGGCUGAAAUUUCAUUGGCUUUUGAUGUUAUAAUUACUGGAACAGAAAGUAAAACAGAGUAUUGUCAGAUCCUUGUAAGCAAAGCUUGGACACAUGAUCUAUAUCUUUAUCAGAUUGUAUUAUCUUGAGACAUUGCUAUGCCUGGCUGGUGAAAUAAUUUUUCAACAAAUAUUGUCUGUAUUUUAGUCGAGUUAAUAUUUUCUGAAAUCCAUAGCUUUGGUAAUGUUACUUAUGAGUGAACUUAUUGUAAUGCAAGAUUUUAUUUUGUUAAUUUAACAUUCACCAAUUAAUAAAAAUGUUUACUUUUAA